GUGUGUUCUGUGUGUGUGUGUGUGUGUGUGUGUGUGUGCGUGUGUGUGUGUCUCUGAGGCAGGAGAAAAGCUGUAUCUAGGCAGAUGUGUUACAACUUCUUUUUGCUGUACUCUCUCUCUCUCUCUCUGUCUCUCUCUCUCUGUGUAUGUGUGUGUGUGUGUGUGUGUGUGUGUAAAACACCUAAGACCUUAAGCAUAAGGAUGCACAAUGUAUCAUUUAUUAACAUUAAGCCUGCACUGUAUACAUGGCAGAAGCCUGCAAUGGAUGUAUCUAUACAUUUUGUGUCGGUUUAUUCAGCCAGUUUUAUUCUAAACGUGUUUCAUUCAGCACUGGCUGACACUUGUUGACUUUAAGUGUGCUCUUGCAAUGCAAAAUGCAAAAAACCCCAAAAUGCAAAAAACCCCAAAAUGCAGUUGCAAUGUGGGCUUUCUAUAAAGUGGGAAUCGAUAAAGAAGUCAUCAUCGUCAAAAUAAUGCAAACUGCUCUUUAAGCACGUUGCCAGAAAAACUCCCUUCAAUUGCAAUUCACUUAACAAUAAGCAUUAUAACUAGUCAGCAGUACAGAAAUCCGGGUGUAGAUUUAGAUCCCUUGUGAGAGGAGACAGUGAGACGACACGAGGAAGAAACCUCGAGAGGAACCAGACUCGUGUAGAAUCGUUGCUCUUGUACAACAGUAUUCUAUAAAGACAAACAGUACCGAGUGUGUUGAAAGGGUGAAAGGAUGUUCGGAGUAUUGGGAUGAGCGCACGACAGUGUUUGUGAUUACAGCAACAGUUCUUAGGUACAAGUUUAGAGUAUCCAGAAAAAGGUUCUCAUCUGUCCAGUAAGGAUGUUUCCGUCCCACAGAGAAAGGGAGCAACCCAUUUUCAGUACCCGAGCGCACGUGUUCCAGAUCGAUCCAGCUACUAAGCGCAACUGGAUCCCAGCCAGCAAGCAUGCAGUCACCGUCUCUUUCUUCUAUGAUGCUAAUCGGCAUGCCUACCGCAUCAUCAGUGUGGGAGGCACCAAGGCUAUCAUCAACAGCACCAUCACACACAACAUGACAUUCACUAAGACAUCCCAGAAGUUCGGCCAGUGGGCCGACAGCAGGGCUAACACCGUGUACGGCCUGGGCUUCGCCACAGAGCAGCAGCUUAACCAGUUUUGUGAGCGCUUUAAGGAGGUCAAGGAAGCGGCUCGGCUGGCUAGAGAGAAAUCGCAAGACAAGAUGGAGCUGGCUAACGUUGCCCUGAACAUCGCAGCCCCACAGGAUCUCUCAGACGAAUUGCAGUCACCACCGGUGAUGUGUGUAAAUGGGCCGGAUGAUAAACUCUUCCGGAGCCAGAGCGCAGACAUCACACUCUCAUCAGAGAAAGAGCGUAUCAAAAAGAUGCUCUCUGAAGGCUCUAUCUGUGAGAUAAACCUGGAGGCCGAGCUCUUCACCCUGCAGGACAGCAACGCAAAACUGGUGGCCGCGCUGCAUGAAGCUAAUGCCAAUGUGGAGCAGUGGAAGAAGCAGCUGGCGGCCUAUCAAGAGGAGACGGAGAGGCUGCGAGAACAGGUGGCAGAUUUGGAGGCCCAUGGAGGCCAGGGACCCAGCGACAUGCUGAAAGAUGAGCUCACACAGUCUCUGGAGGAACUGGAGGCUUUACUCAAGGCGAAAGAUGAGGAAAUCCGUAUUCUUCAGGCGAAGAAGUCCAAUUUCCAUGAGAUGGAGCAGGAGAGAGAGGAAGCCAUUCACAGAUUACAGGAGCUGGAGAUGCGUAACAUGGAUCUGGAGCGACGGGUGCAGAGUGCUGAGCAGAGCCUGGCCUCUACGCUGGAGGAUCGAGACCGCACAGAGAACGAGGUUCAGAGGGUCAUCCAGAUCCUCGACAUCAAGCUCUUUGACCUCAAUGACCUGCGACAGAGCCUCGUCAAACUGCUCGAGAAGUAGAGCAGUAGAGCAAGAGCGGUCUUCUGACUGAAAGAGCUAGAGCUGUGGUGACAUAGAGGUAGAGAGAUAGAGAGAAAGAGGCGGUCCCUGUGCUAGGCCAAAGCUCAGCGGCCUGGCUCUAAGAAACAGAACGACUGCCGUUCAAGAGGCGCCACGUCAGCACAUAGUGUAGCUAUGCUUUCGAGUAGAGAAUAUCAGAGGCUAGUGAUUACACGUACACAACAUUUUGUUCUGUAGUUUUCUUUGAUGUUUCCUUUUGAUUUUUCCAGUUAACAGUUUAGCAAUAAAUAUCAGUUUAAGUCAGUACUCAGUUGAUAACGAUUUGGGGGUAAAGUAUAUUUUUAUAUCAGGUGACGCACGGCAGCACGUUUUCCUUUCAGUGGUGGAAAAUAGAGUCAGAAUAGAAGUAAUAUAUUAUGUUGCAUUAUAUUAUGUCCUAGAUAUAAACAUACUAUAACCGGUACUAUGGCACUGGUACUUAAUGGCACAGACAAAAUACAGAAAAGAAAUAAAGCAAAAGUUGGAGCUUACAGUGCGCAUGAAACAACUUAUAAUACUAUUCAAAUUUUGAAACACUUAUAUGAACGCAAAAUUUUAAGAUUAAUUUUGAGAAAUGGUAAGUGAAUGUAACCUGCGUAUGCAGUUUCUUUGCUGAGAGACCUGUGUAUACCAAAGACCAGCAGAAACAUCACUGUUCUCUGAGGACUGUACUGCUCAGUUUGAUUAAUUCACUGGUAGAAUAUUCUGGUCUUUAUUUAAUCUAGCAGUAAUAUUUAUAAGUAAUAUGGGAUACAAGAAAGAAAGAAAAGUAGUUGCUCUGUUUGAAAUGUACAAAUAUAGUUAAGAUGCACUGUAGGCAAUGCACAAUCUAUUCUAAUAGGUCCAUGUAGGUUACGAUAUUUGUAGGUAAGUAUUCAUAAAGUACAAGUUAAGGCUAUUUUUCCUGCAUUUAGGAAUGCCAGCUUGUGGCUUGGGUGGAACUUGUACUGUACUUUUCUAGUUAGAUUAUAGGGCUUCUAAGCAUUGUACAACUUUGAUGUCACAGGCCAUGUCUAAGGCUGCAUGGUUGCGUAUCAGUCAUUGCUUCAGGAAACUCGCUGCUUUUGAGUAUUUGUAAAUGGGACCCAUGGAUGAUGAGGAAAUGACACUUGAAUGUGAUGACAUUUUUUUCCCCCAUGAAGGCUACGCGUUCAAGAGCAAGUCUUAAUGUCAGAGGAAAUAAAUGCAGGUUUCAAAUGCUUAUAAAAUCAAGCUACCCUGCAAUUAAGAGCACAUAAUCUGUAGUAUCUUCCUCUUAAGGGAUAAUUUUAAGCUACAGAUCACCUUCUUUAUUUUAAAUCAUUGAGGUGACUGAUAUCCUUGUACAUGAACAGCCAUACAUUGGUAAAGGAGUGAAUUGAACAAAUGAACAUUUCCAGGAUCAUCAUCAAUUUUCAUGUUUUGGCCUGCGAUUCAUAAGGCAAGUUGUUUUAUUGCAACCUUUACCUUAAACUGUGCACUAAAAUACAAAGUAUUAAGCUAGAGACUGGUGUAUAUACACAAAAUGUAGGCAGCCUGGCCUUGAGUAUUAUUUGUCAUCAUCUCAGAAGUCUCAUUUUCUGUGCUGAAAUUGCACACAGUCCCCAUUAAUAAAAAGAAACCAUGAUGCCAUGUGUGUCUGGUGUGAGUUUGUCACUUACUUUAACUUAAGUAAAUCAGUUCUACAAAUAUAACGGCUGAAAAUAAAGCACAGA